AUAUCUGACAAAUCAUCGGAUCUGUGUCUACGUAUUACGUAUAUGACCGUGAUCGUGAGAGUUUUUACUCCAUGAUUGGAGGGCGUUUUACUCGUAGAAUUGUCAAUGUUCUGUCAGUGGAUAAUUUUUCAUAUAUUUUCGAUUGCUUAAAAUAGUUAAGAGUGUUAAUUUAAUUAUCAACAAUAUUAUCGUGAAAAGCUCUUCCAAAAAUCUAAAAUGACAGAUUCAAAAUAUUUCACCACUACUAAGAAGGGGGAGAUAUUUGAACUUAAAUCAGAGUUGAACAAUGACAAAAAGGAAAAAAAGAAAGAAGCUGUGAAAAAGUUGAGUAGUUUUAUGCAGCAUUGGUGUACUUUUAAAAGGCAAUAUAUUUUUAUAAAAGAAAAGGAUGAAGUAAUUGCAUCCAUGACAGUGGGUAAAGAUGUAUCAGCACUUUUCCCUGACGUGGUCAACUGUAUGCAGACAGAUAACUUAGAACUCAAAAAGCUGGUGUAUUUGUACCUGAUGAAUUAUGCCAAAAGUCAACCAGAUAUGGCCAUUAUGGCUGUCAACACAUUUGUUAAGGAGCUAGCGACAUCUCCGAUGACAAAGGAUUGCGAGGACCCAAAUCCGCUGAUCCGAGCAUUAGCAGUUCGCACAAUGGGUUGUAUACGCGUGGACAAGAUUACUGAGUAUCUCUGUGAACCACUGCGAAAAUGCCUGAAGGAUGAGGAUCCAUAUGUUCGUAAAACUGCAGCUGUUUGUGUGGCCAAGCUUUACGAUAUUAACGCAGCAUUAGUUGAAGAUCAAGGAUUUCUAGAUCAAUUAAAAGAUCUUCUGUCUGAUAGUAAUCCCAUGGUUGUUGCAAAUGCAGUAGCUGCUUUAUCUGAAAUUAACGAAGCAAGUCCUAGUGGACAACCUCUAGUUGAAAUGAAUGCACAGACUAUUAAUAAAUUAUUAACAGCACUCAAUGAAUGUACAGAAUGGGGUCAAGUUUUUAUUUUAGACUCCCUUGCAAAUUAUUCACCAAAAGAUGAUCGUGAAGCACAAAGCAUUUGUGAACGUAUUACUCCUCGUUUAGCUCAUGCUAAUGCAGCAGUUGUUCUAUCUGCUGUUAAGGUACUAAUGAAAUUAAUAGAAAUGUUACAAUCAGAAUCUGAUUUUGUUGGCACAUUAACAAAAAAAUUAGCUCCACCCCUGGUAACUUUACUUAGCUCUGAACCCGAGGUGCAAUAUGUAGCAUUGCGAAAUAUAAACCUUAUUGUACAAAAACGUCCAGAUAUUUUAAAACAUGAAAUGAAAGUUUUCUUUGUUAAAUAUAACGAUCCUAUUUAUGUUAAACUUGAAAAGUUAGACAUUAUGAUUCGUUUAGCUUCCCAAGCUAAUAUAGCUCAGGUUUUAUCCGAACUGAAAGAAUAUGCUACAGAAGUUGAUGUAGAUUUCGUACGAAAAGCUGUGAGAGCUAUUGGUCGUUGUGCCAUUAAAGUUGAACCAUCCGCUGAACGAUGUGUUUCAACUCUUUUAGAUCUCAUACAAACAAAGGUAAAUUAUGUUGUUCAAGAAGCAAUUGUUGUUAUAAAAGACAUUUUCCGGAAAUAUCCAAACAAGUACGAAAGUAUUAUUUCAACUCUGUGUGAAAAUUUGGAUACACUUGAUGAACCUGAGGCGCGCGCAUCUAUGAUAUGGAUUAUUGGAGAAUAUGCAGAACGUAUUGAUAAUGCAGAUGAAUUACUUGAAAGUUUCUUAGAAGGAUUCCAUGAUGAAAAUACACAAGUUCAAUUGCAACUACUCACAGCAAUUGUUAAAUUGUUCCUUAAAAGACCUACGGAUACUCAAGAACUAGUUCAACAAGUUCUUAGUUUAGCGACUCAAGAUUCUGAUAAUCCUGAUUUACGAGAUCGAGGAUUUAUUUAUUGGCGAUUACUUAGUACAGAUCCAGCAGCUGCCAAAGAAGUUGUACUUGCUGAGAAACCUCUUAUUUCAGAAGAAACUGACUUGUUAGAACCAACACUACUAGAUGAAUUAAUAUGCCAUAUUUCAAGUUUAGCUUCUGUAUAUCAUAAACCACCUACUGCUUUCGUUGAAGGUAGAGCAGCAGGUACUAGGAGAUCAUUGCCUGCUAGAAGUAAUUCAAGUGAAGAUUCAACUCAACAUAGUGCACAGCCUCAUGCUCAAGUUAUUCCUGCUCAAGAUUCUUUAAUAGGCGAUCUUCUUAGCAUGGAUAUUGGUGGUUCAACUAUGGUCACUCCAACACCAGCUCCUCAAUCAGGCUUGGGUUUAGACUUAUUAGGAAGUGGGUUAGAUGGAAUUUUGGGUGGGACUGAUGCUGGAAGUAGUGCACCUGUCGUGUCUCAAACUACUACUGGGCUUCUUGGUGACAUAUUUGGUUUUAAUCAAGGUCCUACUUCUUAUACAGCACCUAAAGUUAAUUGGUUACCUGCUGAAAAAGGCAAAGGAUUUGACAUAUGGGGAACAUUCUCAAGGAAAAAUGGACAAAUUAGUAUGGAUAUGACAUUUACAAAUAAAGCAAUGCAACCUAUGGGUUGUUUUGCAAUACAAUUAAACAAAAACAGUUUUGGUUUAAUACCAGCUGCAUCAUUGCAAGUACCAAGUCCUUUAAAUCCUGGUGCUAGUAUAGAUACUAGUGUAAUAUUAUCUACUGCUGGUGCAGUGCAACGAAUGGAUCCCUUGAAUAAUCUUCAAGUCGCAAUAAAAAAUAAUAUUGAUGUGUUUUAUUUUGCUUGUAUUGUUCCCAUGAAUGUAUAUUUUGCAGAAGAUGGACAAUUAGAUAAAAGAGUAUUUCUUAGUACAUGGAAAGAUAUACCAGCACAGAAUGAGGUACAAUACACAUUAAAAGGAGUAAUGCUGACGGCAGAUCAAGUUGUACAAAAAAUGCAACAGAAUAAUGUAUUUACAAUUGCUAAAAGAAAUGUUGAAGGACAAGAUAUGUUAUAUCAAUCUCUUAAAUUAACAAAUACUGUUUGGGUAUUAAAUGAACUGAAAAUUCAACCAGGAAAUCCUGAUGUUACUUUAUCUUUGAAGUCUCGUUCGGUAGAAGUGGCACCAGGCAUAUUUCAAGCAUAUAAUGCAAUCCUGCAUUCUUAAAUAGUAAAUUAAACCAUUUGACAUUAAGUUAUAUCAUAUUUCACGCCUUAAUCCAAUAAUUUGUUUAUAUAAAUCAUUUUUAUGUAUUAUUGCAUAUAACUUAUCCAGCUGGAAGUUGAAAAUAUUUGUUCGUAUUUUAUCAUAAAUAACAAAUUUAAUAUACUGUUAAACUUAUCAUAAAUGGAUGUAGCUCAAAAUAAAAAAAAAAUUGUGUUAAUUACCUAUA